AAAAAUCAAAAUAAAAGGCUGGAGCAAAAUGGCGCUUAUUUUUGGCCAUGGCCGCCUCGCGAUCGCUCCUCCUCCUCCUCCUCCUCCUCCUCUCUCUCCACGCGCGGAGAAUCUCAAUCGAGCCGGUCAGAUCCGGCGCACGGUUCUCACCGAUCGCAAUCGCACCAAGCUCAACAUCGCUCCAGAUCGCGAUUUCUACGCAUUCCCCAGGCUCGUCACGCACGUCGACGAUGGAUUCAUCCGGGAGCUCACGGAUGUCUACCGGCAGCGCAUUCCAGCGGGAUCCGAGGUCCUGGAUCUCAUGAGCUCCUGGGUGAGCCAUCUUCCCCCGGAAUUCUCCUACAAGAGAGUCGUCGGCCAUGGCCUCAAUGCCCAGGAGCUCCUCAAGAACAAGCGCCUGGACGAUUUCUUCGUCAAGGACCUCAAUCGCGAUCCAUCCUUGAGCGGAAUCGCGGCCGAGAGCUUCGAUGCCGUGGUGUGCGCCGUGAGCGUGCAGUACCUGGAGCAGCCGGAGAAGAUCUUCGCGGAGAUUCUUAGGGUUCUUCGCCCCGGGGGAGUGUGCAUCGUGAGCUUCAGCAAUAGGAUGUUCUACGACAAGGCAAUCGCGGCGUGGAGGGAUGGGAGCGAUUACUCGAGGAUCCAGCUCGUGGUCCAGUACUUCCAGGCCGUGGCUGGAUUCACGCAGCCGGAGAUCAUCAAGAGGAUUCCCGGAAUGGUGGACGAUUCGACUCUCAUCUCUCGCCUCCUCAAUUUCUGGCGAGCGCCAGGGAAAGAUCCAUUCUACGCUGUGAUCUCCUACAGGAACAUCAAGCCAGCGUGAUACUGGAGGCGCAAUGCUAGAUCACCCCUUCGCGAUCGAUCGAUCAACCGGAGUUUCGCAUAAGAUUUUGCAAAAAAAAAAAUUACCAUUAAAAUUUUACAAAACUCCAGGGGUCGGAAUAUGACUUAUACUUCGAGACACACAGACGGGUCAUCAGACGCAUACUCUACGACCCAAGAAGUACAUGUUUACAAAACGCGGCACUAUUUAAA